UGGAAGGGAUGCUGUGACGAAUUUUUAGCAUAAAUACCACAACUCACGUCUCUAUAAUCACCAGUUCUUUUCUGUACUUAGACAUCGAAUAAUUUGUCAAAAAAAACAAAAGAACACUAAAAUGGCCGUUAAGUUCGUCAUCUUCGCUGCUUGUGUGGCUACCGCCCUCGCCCAAUACUCUGCCCCAGCUUACAAGCCAGCGUACUCCGCACCCGCUUACUCAGCACCAAAGGCUUACGCCCCAGAGCCCGCAUACGCACCAACACCAUACAACUUCGAAUACAGCGUAAACGACCCACACACCUACGACGUGCACAGCCAAUCCGAAUACAGUGACGGAAACGGUUACGUCAAGGGAUCCUACAGCCUCGUCGAAGCCGAUGGCUCAACCCGCACCGUCGAAUACACCGCCGAUGACCACAGCGGUUUCAACGCCGUCGUCAAGAACGAAGGUGGAUACAAGGCCCCAUCAUACUCCGCACCAGCCUACAAGCCAGCUUACUCCGCACCAGCUUACUCUGCACCAGCAUACUCUGCCCCGGCCUACAAGCCAGCUUACAAACCAGCAUACUAAAUUAUUUAGCCAUAUGAAUCAACCCUUCUUCUUCUUUUAUUUACAGUUUUCUUCGUGUACCCCUCUGGGCAAUCGCGUUCAUAUUGAACCGUGGUUUCAGAGUCAUACCAUGACGUAUAUAUAAUACAAUUGGAACGACUUAUGUAUUUAUUUUGUAAAUAUAAGCAACAGUGUGUAUUUAUUGAA